UCAGGGUUGACAGUCUCCACACAGUCGUGGAAGGAGUGCGGCGGCUAAGCUAACAGCAACCACCGCAACUAGCUACAUGUGGAGGGUAAAACGGGAGCCAUCCCCGACCCUAACUCAGUCAAAAUUCCUCCUUUUUUACCCAAAACUACUCUAAAGUUCAGCCUCAUCGAAAAUAAGGGAUAUAAUCUGUUUACAAUGAAAGGUAGCCGGAUCGAGCUGGGGGAUGUUACGCCCCACAACAUAAAGCAACUGAAACGUCUGAACCAGGUCAUCUUCCCUGUCAGCUACAACGAUAAGUUUUACAAAGAUGUUCUGGAAGUUGGAGAGCUUGCGAAGCUAGCAUACUUCAAUGACAUUGCAGUGGGAGCUGUGUGCUGCAGAGUGGACCACUCUCAGAACCAGAAGAGACUGUACAUCAUGACGCUGGGCUGUCUAGCACCCUACCGUAGACUUGGAAUAGGUACAAAGAUGCUGAAUCAUGUGCUAAACAUCUGUGAGAAGGAUGGCACUUUUGACAACAUUUACCUUCAUGUGCAGAUCAGCAAUGAGUCAGCCAUUCACUUUUACCAGAAGUUUGGCUUUGAGAUCAUCGAAACAAAAAAGAAUUACUACAAGAGGAUAGAGCCCGCAGACGCCCAUGUGUUGCAGAAGAGUCUGCGCAGCCCAUGUGCACUGCCCACCGGAGAGCUUCAGAAGGCAGAGUAGGGGCACAGCGUUUGGAAAGAGCACAGUUGUGCUCCACAGAAACAGAACUGUGACAAAUGCCCCAGGGUCGACACAAUUCAACACUUUCUUCAAAGGACGCUAAAAGAGAAAACAAAUUUAAAUUACAAAAAAAUGCUGCAUUUAUUUUGCAAAGGGGUCCCCUCUGAUUUUUGCAUAUUUUAUUGCUCCGUCUCCUCAUACAGAUAAUUGACAACGACAAAAAGCUCAGUAUUCAAAAUUGCUUCGAUUGACAAAGAUGCCAACAAUUUUAGACUUGGUUAUGGUGGAGGGUGUGGUGUUUGCAAAUCAUACUGUUUGUGUUCGAGUUGUUUUUAUGCGGUUAUAAAGCUAAUGGGGACAAAUCUUUACUGUUGAGCAAAAGAAAACAGUUGGUUAGAAGCUGUAAAAGUGUUUGAAAGACCAUCACUGACACACAAGUACCAGCUGGUCAGCUUGGAGUGACGCUUUGAGCUGUUACGUGGAACCGUCACAACUCUAUUCCCUCACCACCUGAACCUUGGGAAUUAUGGGAAAUGAGUCUGACCAGCUUGUUGAUAUGUCAUGACCAGAGGGGGAGAGCUGAAAUGUGUCCCCUCGGUUCGGGUGUAAAGAAGGCUGACCGGUUUUGAGGUGGUGGGAAGACGUUGUCACUGCUCAUAACUUUAUUUUCCAGCCUGUUAAUUUAAUUCCCCUUCAAACUGUAAUUUUUAUUUUUUACAUUUAAAAUUGCAAAUGGUUCAGAGGUUCUCCUGGGUUUACUACUAAGAGUGAAAAUAUUAAAGUAAGAGAAACAAACUAAGUAUUGUAUUGAAUGUGUUUCUGAGAAGUGCACUCCACAUAGUCUUGAUGUUUGAAUUAGAAUGUUUGAGAUUGGAUUUGGGCAUUAUUUUCAGUAGUAUAAUGACGUUGUGUGAGGAUAUGUCUCUAAACACAUGGAUGUGUUUUGAGACAUCUUACCUGAAACACCUUUGGCACCUUUUUGUAGCCACCUUUCAGAAUUGGUCUAUAACUACCUGCCUCAGUCAGCUUCUGUUAGACACACCAUUGUGUUUUGAAGCUCGUCUGAUAGUUUGCCAGUUUUUGGUAUGGUCUCUUGAACAGUGUUUUACCCAGAGGAAGCUCUGUUCCCUCUGCAUGCAAGGAGAGUUGUCUUCUCCACUGUAGUAUAAGCAUGUUUUCCCUUUCUUUGAAGAAUUUUAUCUUUUCUGGAGCUCUAUAUUGUAAGACUUUUUAAUGUCGAAAUAAAGGAAUUACUAUUUGCAGUAAA